CAAACCUUCUGAAAAAAAAACAAAUAAUUUUUAUGUCACUGUUCUGAGACAAUAUUUGUCUAUUUUUCUAUUCAUAGACACUUACUAAGUAAACAUUGCCUAAGUGACAAUUUUGACUAUAUUUAAAUAUGUACACAGGAAAAGUAUAUGAUCUAGGUGGGCAAGUUCUUGCUGCAAGCAGUGCUCCAAUCAUUUUUCACUUGGCAAAAGAGACAGGCUCAGCACUAGAAGAAUUAGACUCUCACAAGCUUGCUAUUAUCAACCCUUCCAAUGGAGAAUAUCAAGAUAUUAAAGUUGCUGAUGAUUAUGUAUCUGUUAUGUCACUUACAUUGGAAAUUCAGGAAAAGGUGAAGAAUUCUGGUAGAAUUGGGGUGCAUGGAGUGAGUGACAUUGCUCCAGAGUUGGCUCCAGAAUAUCUUGAAUGUCAUGGACUCAAAUCUGUUCCUAAAUCUGUGGCUUAUGGCUACACUGCCUCAGGAUAUGGCUUUGUUCAAGAUAUUCCUUAUGCAUACCUUCAUGAGUUCACUAGAACCUCCAUGGCUGGAAAAAUCCGAAGGUUUCGAGACGGAUAUACAAGUCUUUGGCAGAAGAUUGCUCAAUCACUUCCUUUGAAACUUUGCUGCAACACUGAAGUAUUGACACUUAGAAGGAACUCUGAUGGUGUCACAGUUAAUGUCAAGAACUUAAAUGGAGUUGAAACUUUGGUAUUUGAUAAGAUCAUAAUCUCUGGUUCAUUUCCAUUGAAAUAUGGAAGAACUUAUAGAUCAUUGCCUUCAACUUGCACAGAUUGUGAACCUGAAGUAAUGGAUACAAGUGAUCUUGAAAAAGAUUUGUUCAGCAAAGUAGAAACAAAUGACUACUACACUACUGUUUUGAAGAUUAACAGACUUGAUCAUUUGCCUGUUGGAUUUUAUUAUUUCAAUGAAUACAUGGAAGAUCCUAGCACAAUUGGACAUCCGGUUGCAAUUCAAAAAUUUUAUGCAGACACUAACAUAUUCUUGCUUUGGUCCUAUGGCAACUCUACUGAUAUUAAAGGACCUGCCGUCACAAAGCUUGCAAUCAAGACAGUAGAAUCCAUGGGGGGAGAGGUUCAGAAAGUCGUUCUUCAACGGCGCUUUAAGUAUUUUCCUCAUGUUAGUAGCCAAGCUAUGAAAGAUGGAUUCUAUGAAAAGUUGGAAUCAGGACUUCAAGGUUCAAGGAAUACUUACUAUGUAGGUGGCCUUAUGGCAUUUGAGCUUACAGAGAGGAAUUCAUCUUAUGCCAUGGCUUUAAUAUGCAAGAACUUUGCAAAUAGCAGUGAUUUGCCAAUGUAUCCUUAUACUAAGAGUUUGUUUCCAUUGAGAACUGAGUGCCAAGAAAUGGAUCCUAAAGAGUUAAGUGAAUUGCCAGGAGUGCAUUUUCCUAAUUUGCCUACUUUGGAUGGCUAUUUAAGGCAAUGGGGAACUCAUCCUAUCACUCAAGACAGAACACUUUACACUUGGAUUAAUGAAGAAGGCGCACCGGUAGGCCAGAGGACUUAUGCAGAACAACAUCUUAAUGCAUCCUGCAUUGCUCAUAAGCUCUUAACAUGCCAAAAGCCGGUUAUCAAGCCUGGGGACAAGGUUCUUCUUGUUUAUGUGCCUGGUCUAGACUUCAUCGACGCCUUCUUUGGAUGCCUAAGAGCUAGAGUCAUACCAGUUCCAGUUCUUCCUCCGGAUCCAAUGCAAAGAAGUGGACAAGCACUAACAAAAAUUGAAAACAUUGCCAAGUCCUGCAGCAUUGUGGCAAUUUUGUCAACAGCUGCUUAUCACUCGGCCGUCCGGGCAGGUUCAUUGAAAAAUUUUAUCUCAUUAACUGGGAAAAGUGGGAAGUCCUCAGCUCGCUGGCCGAAUCUUCCAUGGCUGCACACUGAUACUUGGGUCAAGAAUUCAAAAAGUUUGGCCUUGAAUGGUCUAGAUGAUCAAUGUGAAGAAGCUCAGCCUGGUGAUAUUUGUUUCUUGCAAUUCACGUCUGGUUCGACCGGUGAUGCUAAAGGAGUUAUGAUCACUCAUGGUGGCCUUAUUCACAAUGUGAAGUUAAUGAGAAGUAGAUACAGGAGCACAUCAAGAACAGUCCUAGUGAGUUGGCUCCCUCAGUAUCAUGACAUGGGACUGAUUGGGGGACUUUUUACAUCUCUUGUCAGUGGUGGAUCGGCGAUUUUGUUUUCGCCAAUGACAUUUAUCAAGAAACCACUCUUAUGGCUUGAAACUAUGAGCAAAUAUCAAGCAACUCACAGUGCUGGCCCAAACUUUGCAUUUGAGUUGGUGAUUAGAAGGUUAUUCGGGGAACGAAAGCCUAUCAUUGUUGAUUGGCAAGGAAGAGUUUGUUGUGGAUAUACUCAGCAAGAGAAUGAAGAUAUUGACAUAAGAAUAGUUGAUCCGGAGACAUGUGAAGAGCUUCAAGAGGAUGGAAAGGAGGGAGAGAUUUGGUUUAGUAGCCCAAGUGCUGGAAUAGGAUACUGGGGAAGGGAAGAAUUGAGUCAGAAUACUUUCAAGAACAAACUUCGCAAUCAUCCUGGCCGUUACUACACAAAAACAGGAGACUUGGGAAGAAUCAUAGAUGGAAAACUGUUCAUCACUGGAAGAAUCAAAGAUCUCAUCAUUGUUGCUGGAAGGAACAUCUACUCUGCAGAUGUUGAGAAGACAGUUGAGACUUCCUCAGAAUUGCUUCGGCCUGGUUGUUGUGCUGUCAUUGGUGUCCCGGAGGAAAUCUUAUCUGCAAAGGGGAUUUCCAUGCCAGAUGGCUCUGAUCAGGUUGGCUUGGUUGUGAUUGCAGAGGUUAGAGAUGGAAAACCAGUUGGCAAAGAUGUUAUUGAGAAGAUUCGGACUCGUGUGGUUGAAGAACAUGGAGUUGGUGUUGCUUCUGUUAAGCUGGUCAGGCCUAGAACAAUCAGCAAAACAACAUCUGGAAAAAUCAAGAGAUUUGAAUGUAUCAAGCAGUUUGCAGAUGAAUCUCUGAACUUGGUUCCACAAGGUCCACAGACUCUAUUGAAGAAAACUUUGCUGAGAUCAUAUACUACCGGAACAUGUGGCGAAGGGAAUACUCCGAGGCCCCGGCUAGUAAGAAGAACACUUGCAGCCAGCAAAAGGAUCAGUAAGAAUGACAUUGUGGAAUUCUUGAAGGGCCUUAUUUCUGAGCAAACUGGAAUUCCAAUCAACAACAUCUCAGUUACAGAUAACCUAACAUCCUAUGGAAUUGAUUCGAUUGGUGUGGUUAAAGCAACUCAAAAGCUCUCGGAUUUCCUUGGAACACCAGUUGCAGCCAUUGAUGUUUUCACUGCAACAAACAUUCUAGAAUUGGCAAACUUCUCUGAGGAUCUGCUAUCCAAGAUUCAGCCUCAGCUUUCAAGCAAUCCAACCAAUGUUCCAGAAGCUGAAACUUUUUCUACUGAACUGGUUGAAGAGGUAUCUACAUCUAAGCGAUUUGGUAUCCAUUUACUUCAAGUUAUAGCACUUGUUUAUAUUUCCAUCAUGCUAGCCUCACCAGCUUAUAUAUCCAUCAAUGCUUUCCUAAGCUUCAUCCCAAGUUUCAGUAUAUCAGUAGAUGGAAUACCCUGGUCAAAUUAUUUGGUUUCCCUUGCUUUAGCACCUAUUGCUUGGAUUCUUUGCAUUGCUGUUACUUGCAUUUGCAUUUCAUUAUUUGGAAAUUCUUUCUUGAGGCCAAACUAUGCUCUUGUCUCCGAAAUCUCCUUGUAUUCAAUGGACUUUGUCAAAUGGUGGGCAUUAUAUAAGGUCCAAGAGAUUUCUUCUAAAGUUCUAGCAGUUCACCUCAGAGGAACUGUGUUUUUGAAGUACUGGUUUGAGAUGCUUGGUGCAAGGAUUGGAUCCUCAGUGUUGCUUGAUACAGUUGACAUUACCGAUCCGAGUCUUGUUUCGAUUGGAGAUGAAGCUGUCAUUGCAGAAGGUGUUUUGGUUCAAAGUCAUGAGGUAAAAAGCAGAAUUCUAAGUCUCCGUGCUAUCAAGAUUGGCAGAAGUUCCUCAAUUGGACCUUAUGCAGUUAUUCAAAAAGGAAGUGUUAUUGAAGAAGGUGCUGAGGUACAGGCCUUGCAAAAGGUUGAAGGAGGCCAGCCUGUGCUCAAAUCUGCUAAGCUUAGUGAUGUUGAUAAGAAUGCAGAAGUUCCUAGCUUUUACCACUUUAUUGGGAUCUAUCUUGUUAGCUUUCUCAGUUCACUAGCUGCAGCUAUUACCUACUUCAUGUAUAUAUGGUUCUCCAAGAAAUCUCCAUCAUUCCUACACUUUUCAUUUGUUUGCCUAUGUGGUGCAUUCCACUGGAUCCCCUUCACCAUUAUUGCAUAUGCUACCAUGUUUUCUGAUGUACCAUCAAAUCCAAUAACCUUUGCCAUUUCAUUUGCCGGCGCCUACUUACUUCAUGGUCUUGUGCUCAUAGCUCUCAGCAGCGCUUUCUCCCAUCUCCUCAUCAUGUCCGGUAUAAAGCAAAACCAAUACAGAACUUGGCUUAAGCAACAAGUCACCAUGUCAUGCCACCUUAGAUUCGCGAAGCUUCUCUCAGGAACAGGAGCCUUCUGUAUUUAUCUACGACUCUUGGGUGCGAAAAUUGGCAAGCAUUGUUCCAUUAGAGCAAUCAAUCCCAUUUCAAAGCCAGAAUUAAUGACAAUCGGUGAUGGUGUCCAUCUAGGAGAUUUCAGCAAGAUAAUUACUGGUUUUUACUCUUCCAGUGGAUAUACUUCUGGAAAAGUUGAAGUUCGGCAUAAUUCAGUUGUUGGCAGUCAAAGCCUAAUUCUCCCAGGUUCUAUUGUCCAAAAGAAUGUCAUUCUAGGUGCACUUUCAGUUGCUCCAAUGUACUCUAUACUCCAAGAGGGUGGUGUUUAUAUUGGAUCACAAUCCCAACCAGUUAUCAGAAACACAAUGAAUAAUUCUGAUAAAAAUAUAGAAGAGAUGGACACUGAAUGUAACGAGAAUGCUAACAAUUUGGCGACAACAUUGCAUAAAAAGGACUCAGAUAAAGUUACCUUGACCAGAACAUGGUAUCAAAGUUUCUCAGUACUCUUCAUUCAACCCUUGAUGCAAACAUUUUUGCCUUAUUUUGUGGUUGGUUUAUCAGUUUUUGCACCUUUGGACCUUAUUGUUCACAAAAAGAAUGCCAUGAAUCUCUCGUUGCAUUGGUUUUUCCCUAUGGUUUGGGUUCUCUCUGGCACUCUAGCUGCAUUGGCAUGUGUUAUAGCCAAAAGGGUUCUUGUAGGAAAGAACAAAUCUGGAGAAAAAGUUCCCAUAUGGAGCACAAGGAUCACCAUGGACAGCACUUGGCAAGCCAUAAGAACACUUGUUGGAGACUUUUUCAUGGACAUGACAAAUGGCUCAUAUUUUCUUGUGUUGUAUAUGAAGCUGAUGGGUGCAGAUGUUGAAACGGAUCACGAAGUUUAUGUGGAUAGCAAUGGAGCAUUGUUGAAUCCUGAAAUGGUGAAGAUUGAAAGAGGUGGCUGUGUGGGAAAAGAAGCAUUGCUGUUUGGACACAUAUAUGAAGGGGAAGAAGGAGGAAUGGUGAAGUUUGGAGAUAUCAAAAUUGGAGAAGAUGGUUUUGUUGGUAGCAGGGCUGUUGCCAUGCCUGGUGUGCAGUUGGAGAAUGAGGGAAAUCUUGGUGCUCUAUCUCUUGCCAUGAAAGAAGAGAUCAUAAGGUCAAGGUGAAAUAUUAGUACUGUCACAGUUGUCCACUUUCACUUGGUAAUUUGUGCAAACAGUUGGUGCUCGUAUUUAGAGCUACCUUAGUCAUGAGAUUCUACAAUAAACAAUUUGGGGAUUUCUAACUUAGGAACUUGUUUGUAUAAGUAAUUUACAUUAUGUACCACUGUUUAAUUGAGAGUUGAUACAUUAUAGAGUGAUUCCAAUCGGGAUCACAUUGUACUAUUAAGUUUGUAAGAAUCUCAAUAAUGCUUCACCCUUCAAUAUA